AUGGAUGUCUCAGAGGAGGACACAGUCCAGUUUACUGUGACUGUCAAGGAUCUUCAGAACCUUGCCGAGGUCGUCGCUGGCUCUGCUCUCACUGUGCCCCAGUCCAUUCUCGCCAUCGCGAAACGAGCGAUCAAACUCAGAAAAACCGUCACUUCCUGGUUCUUGGGACACGGCGAUUCUGAGAAUAACAAACGGCACACUCAUUUUAUCACUGUUCUCGAGCAAAUUUGCGAGACCUUGGAGUGGAAGACCAACGGAGCUUCGGAAUCUGACGCCAAGCAAUCAACUUCAACAUCUGGAGCUGAACGUGACGAUGCAGAUACCUCCGAGUUCAUGAAUAGAUUUGCUGUUCUCACCGUCGAGGAGCCACGGGAAUUCGCGCAGACAGAGCCGACUUAUGCCGGUACAAAGAAAAUCGUGAAGGUAGACAUCGAUGAGGAAGAUGACCAGGCGGAGUCGUAUCCUGGUCAAUCCUUCUUCAAGACGCUCUGCCUGUUCCGGGAUCUACAGAACAUGCGGAAAUUCAUCACCCAAACUUGGUCGGAGUAUCGAGAGAGGAAAAUAGAUCUGAUGAAUGCCUCUAUUGUGACUGACAGUGCCUUACAGCUCGCAAAGCAUCUCGCGGACAAGGUGGAAGCUGAGUGGCAUACAUCCGGGUUAUUGAAAAGCGAUGACGUCCAGAAGCUCAACGAAGACAAAACUAUCUUCCUUUCACUGUUACCUGAGUUCUGCACGGCCAAUACCUUCCGAGUCGAGAUUCCUGCCCAGGAUAUGGUUACCCGAGGGCUUGUUGAAUUUGCCAAGACAAAAAAGGUUCCUCUAUGGCUUUCCUUUGCCUCCCAGAUCUUCCUCGACGUCCAUCACACCAUGCGAUACGGUCCUUUAGGUGCAUUAGAAGACCUUCGGAUGUCUGGACUCCGCAUAGAGAAGACUGUGAAAGAUUACAUGCAACUAACAAAGUCUCACCCUCAGCCUCAAUUCUGGCCAAAAAUGGGUGAUGCCGAACUUCAAGCUAUUGGAAUGGUUGUCAAGUUAUGGAUCAUAGAAGACGAGUUCCUCGAGAUGCGAGCACGUUCUGCUAGCUUCGGGGGCCUCCCUGCCCCCGACAAGCAUGCACUUUUCUCGGGGCAUUCUAUUUUCUGUGGCUUGAUCCUAUUUCACCUUCAUAUGCGGCUGCAGUCUAUUGGCAAACAGCUUGUCACGCAAGGGUAUGACGUCCAGCAGCUAGCUUUCUUACACAACCUUGUCAUUCAAUCUCCAAUGUACAAGAACGUCAAAUGGCCUGACAUGGAUACCUUCGUCAAGAUCCACGGUGGGUCUCACAUCUUUAUUGGAUUCUCAUCUGCUACCCGUUUUACCCGUGAUUCACGGAAAAAAGACGCCGGGAUUGGAAACAUUGACCGGGUCCUGGACGAGCUUUUCAAAAAGUCGAAUCUGGAGAACUGCAGCAAGAAGCGCCAUCGAUCCAAGCGAAAAUCUAUCGCCUCUCGACAAGGGUUCAAUUUCCACAACAUCGUCGCGAGCGCUGGCGACGUCAUGCGGGAUUAUUUGCGGAAGAACGGAGGUGUCGCAUGCAAAGAGCUAAGGGUUUUCUGCAAAAACAAGAAGCCAAUUCACGAUGAUCCUGAUUACGACAAAGGUAAAGAGGGGGAUGAGCCUUUUUAUUCUUGGCCGAACGUUGAAGAUAUCCUCGACCCUAAGCUUGUGGCCUCGCUCCAGACCGGGAUUCCGAUAGCUUAG